UCAUUAUGGUUCAACGUCGAUGGUGGUCGGCAUUGCACACGCUGUACUUAAACUUGUAGGGCCACUUGGUCAUUAUGUUAAGAGUGGAGCACACGGCAAGUUAAUUUCACAACCAGGCUUCGAGAUGGAAGCGAAGACAAGUCUUUGUGCUUCUGCCGUCCUGCUUUGGAUGCUUUUGUUCCUCCCAGGAUCGGAUGCAUGCCGCGGGGGUCGAGGAGGUGGAGGAUCUCCGUGCAGGCAACCGCCAACCUUAGUGCCUGGAACUUGCCCCCGGCGGACUAUUAUAGAGUAUGCAGGACCUCUGUCAUCGACUGCAGUCGUUCGAUGGUCCGAACCGAGAGCUGAAACUAAACACAGCCAUUGUGAUCCCGCUAGAGUAGAGAGAGAGGAUGGUGGCCCACCAAAUGGCGGCUACUUCAAUGCCAAUCUAUCACCUUACUACGUCAAAUACUCAGCAACAGAUGCCAAAGAUAAUAGGCAGCCCUACUUGUGUUCAUUCAUAGUGACUGUUAGAAUAAAGAGAUGUGGGCAUCACCGCCCAGUCACCUGGGGUUCAGUUUCCUGUUCUCAUCAGGACCGGUACGGCUCAGAAUGUACCGUCACCUGUUUAAGCGGUUACUCCAUUCAAGGGUCACACAAGCGAACCUGCCAAGCAAAUCGCAUGUGGUCAGGCCUUCAGCCAAGAUGUACACCCAUUCAGUGUCCAACCUUACCCGGUACAUCCUGCACUGAUUCCAACUACUAUCGUAGCAUCUGUACUCACUCAUGCAGCCGAGCAGGCUACGGCCUAGCCCCAGGUCAAAGUGCGAUCAGGGUCUGUAGAGCUGACAGGACCUGGACUGGGAUUACUGCAACCUGUGUCGAUAAGCAGGCUCCAACACUAAACUGCCCAGGAGAUAUCAGGGUGAUUGCAGAUGCCUCUCAGACCUACAAGAGUGUCACUUGGGACCUGCCGCAAGUCAGUGACAACUCCGAACUCCCCAUCAAUCCGGAACUGGCUCAUGGAAGUCCACCACCUGGAUCGAUGCUCAGCAGAGGUUCUCACUCCAUCACUUACCGGGCCACAGAUGAGGCAGGAAACACUGCAACAUGUUCAUUCACUGUCAUAGUCCAAGUGAUCCAGUGUCCAGCUCUCCAAUUCCCAUCUGGUCAGAGGAUGAUGUGCUCACCAUCACAGUUCAUCUAUGGCUCUGUCUGCCAGUUUGAGUGUCAGCCAGGCUUUGUGUUGACUGGCAAUGCCAGCAUUGAAUGCCAGCGAGAAGGGAACAUAGGAGUCUGGAGACCAGAGCAGCCAACCUGUGAAGCUAUAACAUGCCCUCCAUUGACUGCUCCAGAAAACGGUAGAAUUGUGGGAAAUACUCCAUGCUCUACAGCCUAUGGCUCUUGGUGUCAGUUUGAAUGUGACGAUGGCUAUCAGCUCACAGGGAGUGGAGUCCGUCGCUGUCUGGCAGUGGCUGGAGCAGCUGAGGGCUACUGGGAUGGCUACGAUACUAGCUGUGAAGAGCAAACCUGUCCACGAGUCUACAUCCCUCCCAAUGCCUACAUCACCAACCAGGAUGAAUGUCCAGCCACUGACCAGAUCCCAGCAGGGACCACCUGCCGUUUUGCCUGCCGACCAGGCCACGCUCUGACUGGGUCUACAGAGGUCUCUUGUGGGACAGAUGGAAACUGGGAUACCACCUUCCCCUACUGUGAAGUUAUCACCUGUGACAGCAGUGAGUUGCCUGCACCACAGAACGGAAUCAAAAAUGGCUGCCCCCAUGCUGAGGAACUCUACGGCACAGUGUGCACACUGAUUUGUGACCUGGGUUUCAUGCCGACCCAGCCCACCUAUGUAACCUGCGUUGAUGACGGGAAUGGAGGGGGGACGUGGGAUAAAAACACUAUCACAUGUGAAGCUGUCAAGUGUGAUCCACUGGAUGUCCCUAGUUCUCCAGGUUACAUGCCGCUGUCAUGCACGCUGAGUGGAGUGACGGUUAAUGACACAGACCAGAUGCAGAGUUUUGGCACCAUCUGUGUGGCAGCAUGUGACCUGGGAUUCACCAGUAGUGGCUCAGGGAGUCGUACUUGUCAGUUGAACGGCCAGUGGGAUGGUGUUCCACUGCAGUGUAUUGAUAUAACCCCACCCACUUUGAUGUGUCCAUCAGACAUCACACUGUUUGCCAUUCAGGGAACAAGCUUUGCAGAAGUCGGCUAUGAAUGGGAACCCAUUCCGGUCAUGGAUGCUAGUGGUGACAUCAUCGCUACGCUGACCAGCAUCAAUGGACAGCCAGUACCUGCCAACAGGAGCUCUAUAUUCCAUGAAGGAACAUAUCGCCUUAUCUACUCUGCAAUGGAUGUUAGUGGCAAUGAGGCAGGAUGUGACCUCACUGUGAAUGUUAUAGUCGCCCGUUGCCCUCCGUUGUACGGUCCCCAGAACAGUGAGACCAGUCUGGUGUCUGGCCAAGGGACGUGUCACAACUCUGCCGUAUAUGGCUCUGUGUGCAGCAUAAGCUGUGAUGCAGGUUACACACCGUCAGAUGGUAGCCAAGAAGUCACAGUUGAAUGUGUCAAGAACACAGCGUCAUCAACAGUUGGUUACUGGCAGGGCUCGGCAGUAGAGUGUGUCCCCAACAUGUGUCAGGUACCAACCAUCCCCAACGGCUACAUUUCAGGCUGCAGUGAACAGGAGGUAGAGUUCCAGUCAUCCUGUGCAUUCGUGUGCAGUCUUGGUUACCGUGACAACCGUACAUCCCUGAGUAGGACCAUUAGGACGUGUCUGGCUGAUGGGCAUUGGACAGGAGUGCAGCUGGUGUGUGAAGCUGUUGUGUGUCCCACCUUACCAAGCCUGGACCAUGGUACAGUCCAACCCAGUGAAUGCUUCACCCAGCAUGAGCUUCCAUACAACACCCAGUGUAUGUUCACCUGCAAUGAAGGCUUCUCUCUCAAUGGUCCCUACAGCAAGGUUUGCACUGCCCAGGGAGUGUGGAGUGAUGCACGCCCAGUCUCCUGCUCAGAUCACCAGCCACCUGCAUUCAUAGGCACUUGCCCCAUGUACAUCUCUGCAGUUGCACCCCCCAACAUGAGACAGACUGUUGUCUAUUUCACUACACCAGAUGCCACAGAUAACUCUGGUGGCGUCACGGUGACCAGGCAAAACCCAAGCCUUGGCUCAGGUUCAUCUUUCGUUGAGGGAACAACUCGCGUGGUGUACAUUGCUACCGAUGCUGCAAUGAACAGACGGCAAUGUGAUGUGUAUGUCACUGUGCAAGUUCAACGCUGCCGCCCACUGCAAGCCCCUGCCAGUGGGUCCCUGGUCCAGUGCCCCAGUAACAUCUACGGUGCCACCUGCAGCUUUGCUUGCAAUGAAGGCCACGACCUGAUUGGUGAUAGGAACAGGAUGUGUGAGAGGGUGAACACCACCUGGGCCAACCAGAUCAGUGGCAGUGACAACUUCCAGGUGGAAUGGACCGGGGAAAGCCCAACGUGUUCUCCCGUCACUUGCCCAGCCCUGUAUGACCGGCUCCCUGCUAUACGCUCAGGUUGCUUUCAGUACCCACCAGCCACUGAGCUGCUAGGAACCACCUGUAACUGGUACUGUCCAUAUGGCUAUGGUGGAGUUGGUUCCCCGCGAUCCAUGUGCCUGGCCAACAGUACCUGGGACGUAGUUGACUUCUCCUGUGAAGAGCGUAGCUGUCCACCUCUUGACCCACCAGCCGGCAUGGAGAUAUCUCCUCCCAACUGCCUGAACUCCCCAACGUUCAAUGACGACUGCUUCCUGCAAUGCUCUCAGUCAGGCUACAAAGUGGACCCUCCAUCCUAUGACUUCAUCCGUUGCCGUGGCAAUGGGGAAUGGUCACGUGACAUCUCUGCGGCCACCUGUGUCGAUUACGAGGAUCCGCAUUUCAUUCUAUGCCCGUUGGAUUUCAUUGAGUACCCAUUGCAAGGUGCAUCUGAAGCCACUGUGACAUGGAAUGUGAUGGCAACAGAUAACUCUGGAGAAACACCGUCUGUUAAUUGCAGCAUCCAGCAGCCAGCAGUGCUGGCUGUAGGAGAACACCCAAUCAGGUGUACGGCGACCGACGAUGCAGGGAACCAGGCAUUCUGUGACUUUGAAGUCCAAGUCAAAGUUCGCCGAUGCAGGCAGCUCAACCCUCCCUUCUACGGCGACUUUGUCUCAGAAUGUGACAGCAGCCAUGGAUCUACUUGCCAAGUCCGCUGUCAGAACGGUUACACCCUACGGGGUUCAGACACCGCUACAUGCUCCAGGAAUGCCAGCACUGGCUUGAUGUACUGGGACUGGAAUGGCCGACGCCCAACCUGUCAAAUUGCCAGCUGUCCACCUUUACCGGAUGAUUUGAUCCCUGUUGAGGGGGGUGUCUAUCCCUCCUUCUGUCGCGGUCCUAUUCCUCCCUAUUACGGCACCACCUGUCAUUUCUACUGCCGCAACGGAUUCACCCUGGUGGGCCCUGCAGACCAUCAGAGGUUGACCUGCCUCUCCGAUGGCGCUUGGGACCAGAACCUGUACACACUCAAUGUACAGUGUCAAGACAACGUGCCACCAACCCUGCGUGUCUGCCCGGGCUCCCUGUCUGGCUCCAUGUCUGGCCAGACCUUAGGCGUUGUGCUGUCCUUUGAUGUACCCAUGGCCGUCGACAACUCAGGAGCCCAACUGACAUUGAUCAAGACUCCUCCGGAUAUUGAUUCCCCGUACAAUUUCACACAGGACACCGACGUGUCAUACAUCUUCACAGACCCUGGAGGGAACAGUGUGUCAUGCAAUUUCAGCGUCAGCAUUCAAGACAACUUGUCACCUGUCCUUGACUUUUGCCCACCAAGCCAGGAUAUUACAGCCAAUCAGACUUUGACACCAAUCACAUGGCCAGAGCCUGUUUUCCGAGAGCUGACCGGUGAUGUGUUGGAAGUCAGUUGCAGUCACCAGAAUGGCUUAUCCGUCCCAUGGGGCAGUUACAAUAUCUGGUGCAGUGCAACCAACCUUGACAACGGCAAGACCGCGAUGUGCCAAUUCAGGGUCACAGUCACACCCCUUCCUUGUGCACCUCUAGCCCCACCUAGGCACGGAGCCAAGGCCUGUGACAGUUGGAUCUAUGGACGCUUCUGUUCCAUGUUUUGUAAUGCAAAUUAUGAUACGCCCCCACACACCAAUCCGUUACAUACAUUUCUAUUUUGUGGUCAAAGUGGACUAUGGGCGCCAGUUCGGAGAUUCCCCGAUUGUGCUGUGAGAAGCCGAUUUGGCCAAAUGAAUCUUCCAUCUACGCUGCAUUACUUUAGUGGAGACUGCUCUUCCUCUGAUGCACAAGCCCAGAUCAGACAGCAGUUCAUCUGGAUUUUAGGUAACCACACCGCUGAUGAUAUCAGAACCAUCUGCACUCAAAAUGCUGCCGAGUGCCAUGUUGGCAAUGUACAGGUCACCUGCGGUUCCGCAAGACGCCGUCGUGACGUCAGCAUCUGGCAAGAUUCAGCCCUGGGCUUUGGCCCUGGUUUAAAUCAGCUGAAUGCCAGCUUGCCAGAGACAGAGGCAGACGAGUUUGCUGAGCAUGCCCAGAAGUGGCUGUCCCACAUGCGAGAAAAAGGGAAGCUGCCGCCAAAUCGCCACGGCAACCAACGCCGCCGGUUGCCCGCACCCAGACCAAAACCCAAUACCGAGUGGACUCGUAGUCGACGGUCAGCCAUGUCAUACUCCUUCACAGUAUCAUUCAGCCUUGAGUAUGUGCUGCCUUCAAACUCAACCAUGUCAGAUCUUGAAUUUAAAAACGAAAGUUGGAAUGGCUAUGACAGACUGUAUGAUCUAGUAGACAGCAUACAAGUCAUGGCAGACAGUGGCAGCUUGGAGCUUGCUGUGGAUGGCAUGGAGAUAGAUCCACAACCUGUGCUCGAGUAUGCGGAACCUACUCCAUCCUGUCCCCAUGGAUACAUGGCAACCUACAGCAUGACAACCUACAGCUUGACCUGUGUUACCUGUCCAGUUGGUCAGUUUUUCAACAAUGACACUCUGAUCUGUGAGGAGUGUCUUAUUGGUCGGUAUCAAGAUGAGGACCAGGAGCCCCAGUUCACCUGCAAGUUUUGUCCUGUGGGAACGUCUACUGUUGGCAUUGGGUCUACCAAUCUAACAGAUUGCCUUGGCGUUUGUCCCAGUGGUCACUUUUCUGACACUGGACUUGAGCCAUGCUUCAGGUGUGAGAAAGGAUCCUACCAGUCUGAGGCUAGGUCGCUGUCCUGUCUCCCUUGUCCAGUCGGUCAGUCUACGGCCAGCAUUGGAUACGUGUGUCCUGCUGGGUCAUUCUCUGCAUCUGGUGUACAGCCAUGCACUCCUUGCCCACACCAUAGCUACCAGCCUAACCAAGGUCAGAGUUCAUGUCAGCCAUGCCCUGAUAGACACAUAACGCAGGUCACUGGAGCCACGGAUCUGAGCAUGUGUUCUGUGCAAACCUUCUGCUCCGCUACUUCCUGUCUGAAUGGUGGAACCUGCAUGGAGCAACUAGAGUCCUUCCUCUGUGAAUGCCCAGCAGGUCUGACUGGAGAACACUGUCAGACUGAUGUGAUUGACUGCCAACAAGAUUCUUGUUUCAAUGGAGGGACCUGUGUGGAUGAACUCAAUGGGUUCAGCUGCACCUGUGCGGCAGGAUACCAAGGGUCUCGCUGUGAGGGACACACGGACCUCUGCAACCCCAACCCUUGUCAUCACAACGCCGUGUGUGAGGCUGAAGGUGAGGAUUAUUACUGUGUCUGCCCUGCUGGACUGUCAGGCAGAGACUGUGAGAUCCAGGUGGAUGUCUGUCAUGAAGGAGAGACUUGCUUGAAUGGUGGCAGCUGUGCACCGCCCUCUAUGGACCAAGUCUGUCUCUGUGUGGCUGGAUUUGUAGUGCGCGGUGGUACAUGCAUCAAUGGGCUCAACAUGUACUCCUGUGACUGUCCACCAGGCUACAGUGGCCCUGAAUGUGAGCAGGAUAUCAAUGAAUGUGACAGCCACCUUUGUCAGAAUGGAGCUCAGUGCAUUGAUGGUGUCAACCAAUACCUGUGCAGAUGCAGACCAGGAUUUGUUGGCACAUAUUGCAGCCAGCAGGCACAGUCCAAUUUUGACAUGGUGUUCCGAGGCAGUCAUCCAAGUCAGUACAUCACUCUACCUCGUGCCAUUGGUGAACCACUGCAUGCAUUUACCAUAAUGAUGUGGAUUCGCACAGCUAUAGCUGAUGGACUCAUCCUGGCUUACACAACCCAGAGCUCUGGGCAGACACUGGAUGAUGCACAGUUUGCCAUCAGCAAUCCUGGAGCAUUGCGGGUCUACAUUCAAGGGUAUCACUUUUUCUCCUCCGUCUCUGUGAAUGACGACCAUUGGCAUCAUUUGGCCAUCUCAUGGGAUGAGCACGGUGGCAUCCUCAAGAUCUACCGAGAUGGGCAGCUGAGACUGAUACACACAUCGAUGAGAUCUGGUGCCAGGAUCCACAGUGGAGGGGAGUUUACUCUGGGAGAGUUACGUAACUCUAAUGAUACCCAGUCGCAAGGUUUCACUGGUUCCCUGAGUAGCGUCAACCUGUGGGAUACGGCGCUGAACACUUCCGUUGUUCAACAGCACGCUCAGACCUGCGGCUUUGUUGCCCCUGGCAGUGUCAUCGCAGCAGCUGACUUCAUGGACACCAUCUUGCAAGGACACAUUCAAAUUGUGACUCCGUCAAAGUGUGACUUGGUGGAUGACUGUGCCAGCAACCCUUGUGCUUCAGGCAGUACCUGCAUUGAUGAUGUCAAUCAGUUUAUCUGCCAAUGUCCCCUGGGCUUCACUGGCCAACGCUGUCAGACAAACAUUGACGAUUGUGGAACAGACUCCAGCCCUUGUGACAAUGGAGGAACCUGCGUGGAUGGGAUAGGUAAUUUCACCUGUCAGUGCCCACUGGGGUUCUCGGGACAAGUCUGUGAGCUGAGAAGAGGCUGUAGGAAUGUGUCAAACCCUUUCAGAGGAAACCUAGUCUGUCAAAUUGAUGGCCAGGAACAGAAUUGUACCAUCUCCUGUUGGCAAGGCUACUCAUUCAGCCGGGCCGUUCUACCCUUCUACCAAUGUAGUCCAUCUACCAACUACAAGUGGUCCCAUGAGACAGAAGACAACCCAAGACUGGCCCUCCCGCAGUGUACAAAGUACAAGCCACCAAAUAAGGUUGCCAUGGAGAUGAACCUGGAAUACAGUACUAACUUGACCUGCGAUGGGGUCGACCCUGCAAGAGAUAACCUCGUUUAUCAGACCGUCAGAGACAAGAUCACCUCGAAUGUACAGAUGCUCAGCUGUGUACAGGAUAAUUCUUGUACUGAGAGACCUCCCUGGGUCAGUGGCUGCAGCACCCUGAGUCCAGCAGACCAGACCCACAGACGGCACCACCGAUCAGUUGAGCCGAUCCAAAUUACCAUCAGACUGGAACGUGAUAUCCAUGUCCCUGACCAACAGAACCUGACCAGUGAACAAGUGACCAGCCACAACAGCACUUUGGAGGCAGUCAGUGCACUGCAAGAUGCAGCACUUCUUCUGAUCAAUCAGUCCCUGUCGGAGCAGUUUGCUGUGAACAUUGACAGCCAGGUUUACGAUAUUGACUCUCAGAAGACCCAGACCUAUGGCAUGCAAGUCUGUCCCCACGGCUCGGUGCGCAUGAGCCCAGAGGAUGCACGAUGUGUUCCCUGUGAGUCAGGCUGGUAUCACUACCAAGAGGCUUGUUACGCCUGCCCACCUGGCAUGUACCAAUCACAAGAGGGCAGCACCUACUGCCAAGCCUGUCCACGUGGACAUACCACCGUUGGCCCUGGUGCUAGAGGGGAAGAAGAUUGUGAAGUCACCACUCUGUAGUCCCUAACUGAGAAGUCAGAUAUUUGGUAGUGACCGUGGUUUUUUAACAGGAAAAGUGAUCAUUUACACUGACUGAAGACAAUUGUAAUGUAGAUGUAGACGUACAUUUUGCUUCCUGGGAAAUUUAAGCACACUUUAACGGAAUGGAAGAGAAAGUUUAAAGUUCGAUUGUUGAACUUUCUUCUUUGGAUGGAGGGGAGUCUUGACUAAAUUUAAAUUUACAGAAAAGAGAGUUUGAGGAUUGUCUCAAUGUCUAUUAACUUGAAACCAAUUUGAUGAAUUCUGCAAUUCACUUUUUUGAGCUAACUGUUACAAAAUGUUGAAUUGUAUUUUCAAAUUUACUCAGACUUUGAAAUGUUAAAAGUAUUCAAGUAUAUAUUCAAGUACAAGUAGUACUUAAUGCCUGUUAUUUGCUGUGCAAAAAUCAGGCACCAGAGGCCACCGCGAAUGACUGUUACCCAGAAUUUCUGACAGAAAGGAAUGUGGUCGCAUUCAGGCUACAAAAUCAUCAGCAUGCCAGGUUUUUUGGUUCAAAGUGAGUAUACAAUCUGUUGGGAAAAAGUAUCCUUUAUAUUUCAUGAUUGCUGCACAUUUAAAGGUAAUUUCCUCCUUCCUCUUUAUUUCUCAAAAUUUCUUCAUUUUCCACACUGAUAAGAACAAAGUGAAAAUGGUUGUGACACUUGCCCAUCAAUAUAUGCAAGUAAUGGAUCUGAACAGGUGCUAACCUGAAGCAUUACAAUAAACUUCGACAUGGAGAUUUCUGUUGUACCACAGUUCCAAGUAGUCUGCUUUUGCAGUGGAUACCUUUUGCCCGUUUUGUUUUUAAAUGUCUAAAUGAAAUAGAGGUGCUUUGAGCAGAAAGUUAGGUGCUUAACCCAGGGUAAUUUCACCUUUAUCCUUUAGUGUGUCAGUGUUAUCCUCAACUUCAAUGUUGCCAGCAAUUUAAUGUUUAAAGACUGUUCAGAUAAUGCUUGUGAUUUUCUGAGACUCCAGAAUAAGUUAGAAUGGGUCAGAAUUUAUUGCCUUGCCCUGACUUUCUGUCAGUUCAUUAUUAAUCAUGGUAAUUCCAGAAAUCAGGGUUCCAAAAGUCUGACAUUUUUUGUCCUUGUUACAUCCCACCUUUGUUCUUUGACAU